UCGGCUCGACUCGGCUCGGCUCGGCUCGGGACCCUCCCCCGACCAGCUAGCUUCCCCAGCGGCUCGGCGGUGAGUGUAUGGGGAAGGCGGCCGCUCCCUGCAGCGGCUCCGGCGGGAUAGCGUCCAUCCUGAGCGCGGUGCCCUGUCUCUCGUGCAAACCGCAAGCCGACGUGGAUGGAACGAUGAGCGAACAGGGAAAGGGCUCGGCAUCCUCCACGGCCGGGGCCCCGGCGGCGGCUCCCGGCUCCGACACCUACAAAGGCUGGCUCUUCAAAUGGACCAACUACCUGAAAGGGUACCAGCGCCGCUGGUUCGUACUCAGCAACGGCCUCCUGUCCUACUACAGGACCCAGGCAGAGAUGGCCCACACGUGCCGAGGUACCAUCAACCUGGCCACGGCGCACAUCGACACGGAAGAUGCCUGCAACAUUGUGCUGAGCAGCGGAGGGAGGACAUACCACCUAAAGGCGAGUUCAGAGGUGGAGCGCCAGCGCUGGGUCACCGCCCUCGAGUUGGCCAAGGCUAAAGCCAUCCGGAUGAUGCACGACCAGUCUGAUGACUCUGGUGAUGAGGAGCCCACCUCGCAGUCGGACAGGAGCGAGAUACAGGGCACUCUGAAGACUCUGGCCAGCAAACUCGACGACCUGAGCACCUGCAACGACCUGAUCGCCAAGCACGGGGCGGCGUUGCAGCGCUCGCUGAGUGAACUCGAGGGAUUGCGUGUGCCAGUCGAGGGCGGCGAGAAGAUCAAGGCCGUCAACGAGCGGGCCACCCUCUUCCGCAUCACCUCCAAUGCUAUGAUCAAUGCCUGCCGCGACUUCCUGGACCUAGCAGAGACGCACAGCCGGAGAUGGCAGCGCGCACUGCAGCAUGAGCGUGAGCAGCGCAUCCGCCUGGAGGAGACCAUUGAGCAGCUAGCCAAGCAGCACAACAGCUUGGAGAGGGCCUGGAGGGAAGCUCCCGCCCUGUCCGCCAGCACGCCCACCGCACCCGCCCCAGAAAAGGCUGGUAGCGAGCGGCCACAGAAAGGGGAGGCAAGUGAUGAAGAUGAGGAUACGGAGUAUUUUGAUGCCAUGGAGGACUCCCCUGCCUUUAUCACUGUGACCGCCACUGACCACACCCAGCACAGGCGCUCUGUGAGCAACCUGAGUGGGGCGAGUGGAGGACAACCCAAUGACUGGCACCAGGAGGACAAUGUGUCCCCAACUUGUAAUGACCUGUCAUCUGGGAAGGAGGUGCAGCUGCGCAGGAGGAGACGGAGCCGAAUCCCGGACAAGCCCAACUACUCGCUCAACCUGUGGAGCAUCAUGAAGAACUGCAUUGGCAAAGAGCUCUCCAAAAUCCCCAUGCCUGUGAACUUCAACGAGCCGCUGUCUAUGCUGCAGAGGCUCACGGAGGACCUGGAGUACCACGAGCUGCUGGACAAGGCCGCCAGGUGCGAGAGCUCCCUGGAGCAGCUGUGCUACGUGGCGGCCUUCUCCGUGUCCUCGUACUCGACCACGGUGCACCGCACUGCCAAGCCUUUCAACCCCCUGCUGGGCGAGACCUAUGAGCUCGACCGGAUGGAUGAGUACGGCUAUCGGUCCCUGUGCGAGCAGGUGAGUCACCACCCUCCUGCUGCCGCUCACCAUGUGUUUUCCAGACGAGGCUGGACGCUCUGGCAGGAGAUAACCAUCGCAAGCAAGUUUCGCGGCAAAUACCUCUCCAUCAUGCCUCUCGGUGCGAUUCACCUGCAGUUCCACUCCACGGGGAACCACUUUGUGUGGCGCAAGGUUACCUCCACCGUGCACAACAUCAUCGUGGGCAAGCUGUGGAUUGACCAGUCCGGGGACAUCGACAUUGUCAACCACAGAACAAAAGAGACCUGCCAGCUCAAAUUCUCCCCCUACAGCUACUUCUCGCGGGAUGUCCCACGCAAGGUGACAGGUGUGGUGACGGACAGCGAGGGUCAGGCGCACUAUAUCCUGUCGGGGACGUGGGAUGACAAGAUCGAGUGCUCCAAGAUUGUUCAGAGCAGCCGAGGGGGCAGUGGGUCUGAGGGCAAGCAGAAGACUGUGUACCAGACGUUGUCACCCAAGCUGCUGUGGAAGAAGUACCCUCUCCCAGAGAAUGCAGAGAACAUGUACUAUUUCUCAUCGCUGGCGUUGACGCUGAACGAGCCAGAGGAGGGCGUGGGGCCCACGGACAGUCGCCUGCGACCCGACCAGCGGCUCAUGGAGGCGGGCCGCUGGGAUGAGGCAAAUGUAGAGAAGCAGCGGUUGGAGGAAAAGCAGCGUGCUGUGAGAAGGAGGAGAGAGGCUGAGGCCUCUGACGCCCUGGAGGAAGGCCGAGAGUACGAGGGCUACCAGCCCCUGUGGUUCCAUAAGAGGAUAGAUGCCAUCACUGGGGAGAGCAGCUUUGUCUAUAAGGGUGGCUACUGGGAGGCCAAGGAAAGGCAGGACUGGAGUCUGUGCCCAGAAAUCUUCUGAGCCCCCGAUCCAGCAUCACUGCCCUCCGUGAUCCAGGGACUGACAUCGUCAUCAGCGGCAGGAGGACAGGAUCUGUUCACAGGACCUCUGUGGACGUCACAAGAGAAACACGGCUGUACCGCGGACCGGUGUGCUGGCAGCGAGCCAAAACAGCCCUUUUAACGUUACCCUCCACUAAGCUUAUCACCAAGCUUCCUAUUUUACUGAUGGCAGGGUGUGUUUAUAGUCUGACUAUCACAGCAAGGACUGAUCAGGCUAGGACACUGCCCACAAGAAGCUUCCGGAAGGUCAGGUAUUGUCAUGUACAUAUUACCCACUCUUCCUCUGCUCUCCAACUUAUGCCCAGUAAUCCAGAAAACACCACCUUUGACAGAUUGUGUUUGCUGUGCUGUUGUGGUGAUUCAAACCCAACAAGGACUCCCCACCGGCGGCUUUUGGGCAAAUAAAGCCGUCUUUUUGUACCACAGCCAGAUCAACACUUCAUUCACCAGUAGAAGGAAAGGCAUGGUAAAAGAGAGAGGUGUGAACUCUUAGCAUUUCCCUCUGUCUUCCGUAAGCAGAAUGUGCGAGGAGAGCCAUCAUGUCCUACAUAGCUCAGGGCUCAGCCGCUGGGCCCAAGUCUCCGUUGUCACUGUGGUUAACGCUCCGUUUUCCUAUAGGCACACAGAGCCAGGUGGAUACCUCCCCUGCCUGUGUCCUGCUCUAACCAGUCAUCUCAUCCUUUUUUUGACCCAUGACGGAUCUCUACAGACCAUCUAAAAGUCAAAUUUGGGUUUUUUUUUCCUUUAAUUUCCACACCCAACCUAUUCAAUACAUGGCUUGCAGGGUCUUGGAUGUGUGCAGUGUAUACAAUUUGCAUAUAUUUUUAUAAAACAAGUUAUAUUUAAAAACGAAUUUUAACCGCUGUUCUAUGAGAGUUAUCUCGAAGUUCAGCUGAGAUUUUUCCCAAGCAGGAAAGCACUUUUUUUGGUAUUACGGUGAGUAGGAGUAUAGGCUGUACUCUGGACUUCCCAGCCAUAGCACAGCACAUAGCUUGUACGCAGGGAACACACUCCUCUUGGCUGACCACACACAUGCUUCUCACAAAUGCUCAUGCGGAGUCUUCUAAGUAAGUUGUGAAGCACAAAUUUUCGAUUGGGGGUUGUCAGUGAGGACAAUAAAUCAGAGGCCUGAGGAACUGGACAAGAUGCGGAUUUGUCUCCUAUAUGCAUUGUGUGUGCAGUGCGUUGAGGGGGAGAUUGUUGUGUGUUACAGUUUAAAUUGUUGGAAAAAAAACUGCCCUAACACCUUGCUUAUACUGUUUGACCUCUGUGCCAACAUUUUUGGCAAAAAAAUAGCGUAACAAAUAUAUACAUAUUAUAAUGGUAAUAAUAAUGAGUGUAUAUAGUUUCAGUGAGCUUAACAGAUAGAAAAUUGUAACAACUCUAAAGUGGCUCCAACUGAUCAUCACCUGCAGUCUGGUCUCACGUAUAUAGAACUGUUCUUAAAAUGGUUUGUAAUAAGAGGUGAAAAUGCACGCACACCAGUUGGCCUCUUCACGUGCCCAUACACCUGGGUCUCCACACACCCUUCAACCUGUACGUGGGCAAGCAGUGGUCUGGUGCGCCGUAUGCUUCCCUCAGUUUCUUUUUGGUUCCAUAUAAACGGAGCAGAAACUUGAUGGGUCACGGUGCAGGUCUGGGGGCAGAGAGCCAUGGGGUUAUGUUUUUUAGUACGUUAAAGGGCAAAUGCAGUCCAAACAGGAGCAGGACCCUCCACUUUGAUGCUAACCUUCAUGGGAACCUGAGGAGCACUGUGGAGGGAUGCAGGCUGCCCCAUGCGCCCAUGUCCUUUUUUGGUGGUCGGGCACUGACCCAACACUGCUCUCACACCUACCAGAGCAAUGUGCUGCUUCAUUCAAAUGACCUGCUCUUAUUACUUUCUGCCUGUUUCCAUAUUGCUUUUUCCUAUCUUCUAGGAUUCUUAUGAGGUUUCUGUUUGCAGAGUAAAACUCUACAGUAAUUAGCUGUUUGUUGGCAGCACUAAAUUUUGACCAGACUGGUCUCCCUCUUGUUAUUAACAAGGUUUUGUGCACUAACGAUAUUGUCUCCCUUAAUCCAGUUUAGGGUUCACACACGGUAAGACAUCUCAGCCUGUGAACCGCAAAUAUUGUCCGCAGUGUGUAGUUCAUUAGAAUAGACACGUGUCAAUGUACAGUAGGGCAACACGGUUUCUUCGAGGGGCUCUCUAGUCAUGUAACAAGUAGCCAGUCACACACAUUACCUUCAUUUAGUCUCAUCUUUGUACAUACAUUACACAUCUUACAGACUUGCCAUUUUCUUGACGCACUGUGGUGUAACAGUCAGGGGUGAGUAGGUCUGAGAUAAGAGUAAUUUAUAUGUCUCAUAAUAUUACAUGUUAAUACCAAAAACUGAUGAGAUUUUAUUUGACAUGUAUGUGUAAAUAGUAAAUAUAUAUGAUAUAUAAAUAUAUACAUACAUAUUUAUAGAUAAAGACAAAUUCUAAUUGUUCUUUGAGAGUAGCUUUAAAGAGUGAGUUGAGUGUCUUUCCCGCUGGGACGGAGUCUGACAUUGAAUUUAACAUACACACAGUAUACCGUAGUGCAAUAAGCAGCUGUAGAUACUGGGUUCUAAUGACAUAAGGUGGCUGGCAGCUUCCAAUGGUCGCAAGUCCAGCGUUUUUGCAGAAACCAGAAUGUCUGCGAUAGAUGUUGUUCUCAAAAGACAUUUGAUCUCCCAUUCAUGUGAGAUUGGCUGUGUGUGAUGUUUUUCGCCUUUUCUUGUCCACAGGGGUUUUUUGAUUUUUAAAAUUGUUGAUGAAUCUGCUAUGAUUACAGUUUCUCUAAAUUACCUAAAAUGUGUGUGAGUGAGAGGUGCUGUAUGCAGGAGAAUUCCCCCGUUUCUCCCCGAACAUGACUGCCCGGAGAUGGGAGUAAAGUUAUGAAGACGGAGUGAGACACCCUGUCUGAAUUUAGUCCCGCACCUUGUGCCAUGUGGCAUUUGAAUAGUAAGCAGUGCUGGCACGUUACAUAUCACCACCAGUGCGAGGGUGAGCGGUCGAGGUCCUCUCACCCACCUCCAGCCCCCCAUACAUCCUGUGUUCAGGUACACUGCAGCUAAGCUGAAUUGCUUCUCUUCAUGGGAUUCUUUCUUCCUUUUUUAAAAAUGGUGUUUUGCUUUAAUUUAUACACAUGUAAUGUCUUUAAGAUGAACAAAGAACCAACAAUGAUAC